AUGGACUCUUGGUUGACGGAAACAAAGAAAGAGGAUGACAGGAACUGUCGUCUUCAACAAGAAGAUGACAAGAACUGUGGUCUUCAAGAAGUAGAUGACAGGAACUAUGAUCUUCAAGCAGUACAUGUCAGGAACUGUGACCUUCAUGAAGAAGAUGAGAGGAACUGUGGUCUUCAAGAAGUAGAUGACAGGAACUGUGACCUUCAUGAAGAAGAUGACAGGAACUGUGAAGUAGAUGUCAACAACUGUGGUCUUCAAGAAGUAGAUGUCAACAACUGUGGUCUUCAAGAAGUAGAUGUCAACAACUGUGGUCUUCAAGAAGUAGAUGUCAACAACUGUGGUCUUCAAGAAGUAGAUGUCAACAACUGUGGUCUUCAAGAAGUAGAUGUUAGCAACUAUGGUCUUCAAGAAGUAGAUGUCAACAACUGUGAAGUAGAUGUCAACAACUGUGGUCUUCAAGAAGUAGAUGUCAACAACUGUGGUCUUCAAGAAGUAGAUGUCAACAACUGUGGUCUUCAAGAAGUAGAUGUCAACAACUGUGGUCUUCAAGAAGUAGAUGUCAACAACUGUGGUCUUCAAGAAGUAGAUGUCAGCAACUAUGGUCUUCAAGAAGUAGAUGUCAACAACUGUGGUCUUCAAGAACUGCAGAUUAAGCUUGGUCGGGUUCAAGCUGAACUUCAACUGGUUACUCAACAUUACGAGAGUCAGCUUCAGGCAACACUUGCUGAACGUAGACAACACUUACAGGAAAAUGCCGCCGAUGCAAUCAACUCUUCAGAGGCUUCGAGUGGCGGUGAGGCAUCAGAACUGUCACUGCUGAGCAGGAGUCACAGCGGUGGCAGCGUCUUUGGCUGUGGAGCGAGGUCGCCCACCAGCAGGCAAGACCUGGCCACCAGAGUCCAGAAACUGAAGGAUGAGUUUACUGACCUGUUGACCGAGAUACGAAGAAGGAAGAGUGUUAGUGACAGUGGUGGCAGCAGCGGUGGGAUCGGUGUUGCUGUCCAGACUGAGUUUGAUGAGGAGGAUGGUGAGAUCCGUCGACGGCCUCGCAAGCGAACUUCUUCAGUCGUUGCCACCUGGUCCACCACCUCUGGGCGCGAGGUGUCCUCCUGCAUGGCUCGCCCACUCACCACACCCACGCACGACGUGGACCCACCCGCACAGCCUGUAGCCAAGUCUAUGCAGCCUGUAGCCAAUCCUACUCAGCCUGUAGCCAAUUCUAUGCAGCCUGUAGCCAAUCCUACUCAGUCUGUAGCCAAUCCUAUGCAGCCUGUAGUCAAUUCUACUCAGCCUGUAGCCAAUCCUAUGCAAUCUGCAGCUAAGCCUACACAGCCUAAAACCUCGCCAGUGCAGCCUAAAGCCCCGCCUGCACAGCCCAUAGCGCCACCCACAGCACCACCCACGCCACCCACAGCACCUCCCACCCCACCCACAGCACCACCCACGCCACCCAAAAAAGACCGCACCACGUCCAACCACCCCACCACGACCUUACUAAACACAGACAUCAACUGAAGAUGUUGCCAUGACACGGAAGUUCAUCUGCUUGCUGAACAAAGGUUUCUGUUGGUGCUCACCUCUCCCAGAACCUGCUCACAUACUCUGACCUUAAACUCACCUUUAAUUAUCUCAACUGUUCACCUGAUUUAUACUCACAAUGCCAUUAAUAGAACAGUUAGCAGCUAACACACAAUACCAUGACUACACCCGCACAUAGGAGAGAGGAGCUUACGACGACGUUUCGGUCCGAUUUGGACCAUUUACAAAGACACACUAACACAAAAGAGUGAGGGAGCCAGUAUAUAUAGACGAGGGGGAAAAGGACGGGAAGAAGAGAGGGAGAAGAGGAAGUAGCGGUAAUGAUAAGAGAGAUAAUGGGAGUAGUAGUAGAAGAAAUAGUAACAGUAGAAGGAAGAGUAGUUUAGUGACACAAAAAGAGAAAGAGGAGAGAAGGGCGAAAGGUGUUAGUGUGGCAGGAACGAAGAUACUUAAUGAGAUUAGGAAAACUGGAAAUAUGGGGGGGGGGGGGAGAGGAUAGAUUUCACAGGAGUAAAGAGUUUGGGAGAGAAGACAGUCGUUGAGCCGGUGAGAAGCCAGAGUUUGUGAAAUGGGAAAGGUGGCCAAAACGAGAGAACGAAUUACGAAGAGUGGAAAUUUCUGAGUUAAGGAACUGAGAGUCACAAAUGCAAAGGACAAAGAGAUAAAGAGAAAUAAUAACUUUUCUUGAUAGAGAGACCAUGGCAAGAAAAGUAGUGGAUGUACAUGCCACUGAGCAUAAGCUUGCGAGCGGUGGACGUCAACAUUAAGGAAAGGAAGCAAAGAAUGGAAUUCCCAUUCACUUUUAAACUUGAUGUAAGAAGCAAGAUUGUUAAGGCAUCAGUUCACAAUUAACCCACAAUACCAUGGAUGCAAAAAUUCACAACUAACCCACAAUUCCAUUACUGCAACAAUUCACAACUAAUCCACAAUACCAUGACUGUAACAGUUGUUCCACCCACGGUAUUGUGGGUUAUUUGUUGUGUAAAACAAUUAAAAAAAUCAAGAAUACAGUUUCUAUGAGUUUUGUAUCAGACUCAAAGGCAUUUUUAACAUU